GUAAACAAAAGAACAACCUAGAUGAUUGAUUACUAAUACUGUGUAUUUUGUGUAAAUUGAACUUUUUCCCAUCAAGAAAUGGGGGAUUCUGAGUUAUUAGUUUUCGUAGGUAACAUGACAUUUGUUGACACAGAUGUUUUUCAAUUAUGGCUGGAAGGAAAAGCAGUUAUUGAAGCUUCAAAUGUAAGAUAUAAAUCUGGAAAGUUUGCCAAAGUUCGAAUGCAGCACAUAGUCAGUGACAUCGAAGACAACUACAGAAACUUCAUGGCAAUUGAGAAAUAUCUCCGAAAUCCGCCUUCAUUAUCAAAUCAAGUUAUGUUCCAAAUACCACAAAGGACACAGGAGUAUUUAAUCCAAGAGUAUUAUAGUUUAAAUUCAUCUGUUGCCAGGGAGAUUCUAGGAAAAAAACUAUCAAGUAGACAUCGGAAAGACCUUGAUGAAGUCAGUGAGAAGACAGAUGUCACCCUGAAAAGUUGUCGAAGACAGUAUGAUAAUUUCAAGCGUGUUUUUAAGACAGUGGAAGAUAUGCAGGGUUCAAUGGUGAAAAAUAUCACAGAAAACUUUCUGCUUUCCAAAGAAUUAGCCAAGAAAUAUGCAGCUAUUGUGUUUUUUGCAAACAAUCGUUUUGAAACUGGAAAGAAACGUUUGGCAUUUGUUACAUUUGAUGAUUUUGUAUACUGUGCAGACAAAAUGAUAAACAAUUGGACUGUUGGGUCAGCAACAGAUUCUUCAGCCAAGGAAGAUCUUGAUGCAGAUUUUGACCGGGAUUUCCUUCGAGAUCUGCGAGAACUAAAGAUAUUAGGAGAGAAGGAUUGUAGUGAACAACACAGAAGCUUUGUCCGUAAUACAUUGAAAGGAAAAGUUUCAGAAACUGUAAUUUCACAAGUACAUGCAGAAUUCAGGAAUUUAACUAAAGCAAUCAUAAAUAUUGGCAGUAAUAUGAUCCAUUCAAAAGACUUAAGGGAUUUCUUCUUGGAUGUUGUAGAAAAGAUUAUAGAACCAUGCAAACAGGAUGGUUGGUCAGCUAAAGACAUGGCAGCUUUUUUGAAUGCAUACAAUAACAAUUGUAAACAUUUAGAAUGCUUUGGCAGACAACCCAAGUUGCAAAUGGUUCAAGAAAGAUACAUGGAUACUUUAACAAGCUGUAUCCUAAAGAUGUUCCACAACUAAAGAGACAUUGUGAUGUCAACCAAAUGUGAAUCAGCUACACCAAUCUCAACGUAUGACGUCAGCCAAAUCAGAAUUAGCUCCACCAAUCACGACGUAUGACGUCAGCAUGUUCGGUAGAAAUGUCAGCGAUACAGGCAUAAAUUUGGACUGAUU